AUGGAUAUACCAACAACCAAGAUCAGUCAGCCGAUGGAGAUCUGCCUCGACAGACAGGACGAUGGGAAGAGAGUGGCCUAUCACGAUGAUAUCGACCCUGAGAAUGAGGUGAAAGGAGUGAAGCUUUUGCUACUCCACAUUGGAAUCUGUCUCUGCACUUUUUUGGCCGGGCUGGACUUCAACAUGUUGGCCACCGCCGUGCCUAAGAUCACGUCGGACUUUCAUUCCCUGGGCGACGUGGAUGGUACGGCGGCGCUUUCUUCAUUGCGCUCUACGCUAGCCAGCCCCAAAUUGGCAAAAUUUGGCAGCCUGGUGUGUGCGCUGGCCCCCUCCUCACCGGUCCUGAUUGUAGGCCGGGCCAUUGCCGGGCUGGGGGGCUCAGGGAUCUUCGCUGGCGGGUUGAUUAUUCUGACCACGGUGAUUCCCCUUCACAAACGAGCAGUGCACACCGGCACAUUGAAUUCCACCUUCGCCGUGGCCAGCAUUAUUGGGCCACUCAUUGGCGGGGCUCUGACGGAGCAUGUUACGUGGCCCUGCUGGGGUGAUAUUCUCACCAGUAUGCCACUGCUGCGGCCCCAGUGUUGUCCUUCCUAUUCGUUGUCAUGA